AUGACAGAGAACAUGCGGUCGUCUGAGCUCCUUGGUCAUUUGAAAGAGGGCCCGUUGCGGGAUAGGAAAACUUUCCUGGCUACGGCGAAGAAGUACACCAUCCAACCGGUGAUUAGUAAUUUUGAGGAACUAUGUAAGCGGUGCGACUCACGCCUUGCUAUCAUACUCAUGUUCGUUUGGCCCGAUGCGGGAAAUGUGUUACGCCAUAUCGAGGAUCACAUACUUCGGGAAAAUGGUGAUGGACCGAUGAAAAUCAAGAAGCAAUUUUUGGAAGAUUGCACGAUGCUUUCAGUGGCGUCAGCGAUUGUCGCCCAGGUAGCCGUGACCGCAAUAUCGCUGGAGGAUCUGAACUACACCCGAUACACGGCUAAGGCGGCCUUUAUCAUUAGCCUCGUCACAUCAUCGUUAUCUGUGUAUUUCGCAUGUCGGCUCCAGCAGAAGCUGACGAACUUACUCAGCAACGAAGACGUCAAGGAUUUUCUUAGCAAGCAGAGCAAGAAAUCGGAUAUCGCAACAACCGAAGAAAUAGCUCAGAAAAUGGUCAAACUUCGUACGAUUGAGGAACAAGUGGAGGAAGAGAGCCGCAGAACUGACGAUAUGACCGAGCUAGAGAGACUAAUGCAGGAGCUGGAUGAUAAAAACAGGUGGCACUCGGCGUCUGCGAGUGCGGCUUACAUGAUCAAAAUUCCUGGCCUCUUCCUCAAUGUUGCUGUCAUUACCCUGCUAGUCGGACUGGGCGUCUACUUGAAAGACACUUCAUCUCACAAAACCUGGGUCAUCUUCAUGGUCUUUGCAUGCUCUGGCCCGGCGCUGUACUACGGUCCAUGGCUUUGGAAUCAUUUUAGGUCGAUCCACACCCAUCACUGGGACGAAUACAAGGCCAAGACGACGACUUCGAUUUUCAAACUGGAAUUCCUACGUCCUCGCCAAGUUCGCUCCAUUGAUGAGGACCUGAAAAAAGCACAGGCUUUGGCCACAGAGAUCAGAGAGGAUUACGAAGAGAAGAUAGAAAAGGCAAAAGAAACGGAAAAUGAUGAUGCGCAAGUUGCUGAGACAGAUGAGAUGGAAGAUGGCGAGUUCUCACAACAUAGCCGAGACAAGGGAAAACAGAGAGAUCGGAGGUUACCAAAGAGAUGUGAGAUUCUUUGA